AUGACGAGUUCGAAUAAAGCUCGUCGUUAUUUACAACAUCAUAAGCAACACUAUACAGAAACACAUAAUAGUCAUCAGUCAGCUGCUGAAUUAUUAAUUAUCGAUCCAACAUUAGCAAUCACAAGUAUGCGAAAAUUUCGUGGUAAAACUCAGCAACAACAACAACAAUUGUCAACAACAGUGUCCAUACCACAAAUUUGUGUAGAUGACGAUGGUGAUAAUAACAAUAAUAGAUCUAACGAUGAUGAUAAUGGACAUGUGGCUAUACUUGAUGAAUUUGAUGAAGUUUUAGAAAACGAAUUAAAACGUACAUCUGUUUUACGUACAUCAUCACUUAAACAAAAAGAGUCACAUAAUCAAAUUGGAAUACCUAUUAAUCAACAACGAAGUUUUUCAUUUGCACUUGGGUCAUCAACAAAUUUAGAUGGAAAAAAACAUGAUGAUGAUGAUGAUGAAGUUGACAAUGAUAAUCAUGAUGAAGUAGUGAAUACAUCAUCAACUAAGUCCACAAAACUACCAACAACUAUUAAAUCAAGCCUAUCAAAAGAAACAUUUUCACGUCUACUGCAUUCUCUUGCUUUUCGCUCGGGGAAUCAUACAACAUCGAAAAUAACAAUGGCAUCAGCAGGUUCUCAGACACAACAACGACCAUGUUUAGCUUGUCAAAAUCAUCCUAAUUUAGAUUUACUUCCUAAAUAUAAAAAACGUCCAUCAAUAUUUGGUGUUCUUGUUUCGAAACUUAAUAACAAUACAACAACAAAUGAACAUAGUUCUGAUCGUUGUCCUAUAUGCAAACGACGUUUAUCUAAAUCUACUUUUUAUAAUACGGUUACCAAUAGUAAUACUGAUGAUGAUAAUCAACAAAUAACAUCACCAACACAAAAUUUUUCAUUAUCAUCAUUAGCAACAUCAAAAUUACUUCAUGAUCAUGGACAAAUAUUAUCACGUACAAAAAGACGUCGAAGUUUACCAUCAUUAUUUCAAAGUCUUUUCGAUUUUGAUCAUCAUGAUAAUAAACGUCGUUUAGAUAAUACACAAAUACAACAUCGUCCAUCAUUUUCAUCUAUAUUAACUCAUACUUUACUUGAUAGUAUUACUCGUGAACAACAACAACAACGACAACAAUCAAUUCGUAGCGUUAAACAAACAUCACCACUUUCAUAUUCAUCUAUAUCACUAGCAGGAUCUGAUGACAGUAAAGAGAAUAAUUAUGAUAAAUCAUACAAACGACAAUCAACAGUUUAUGAUGAUUCAUCUCAACUAACCGAAAAGGUAAGUAAGUAA